AUGUUCGAUGCAUUCCCCGCCGCCCUCGCAGACGCCACCAUCCACCCCAAGUCCAAUCUCGCCCCCAUGGACUCCUGCGGCCUCCAGGUCAUCCAGCUCCUCGAGUGCCCGCCCCCUCCCCCGGGGCCACCGCGCUCGACCUGCGCAUCCUCCUCCUACGCCUCCUCCAGCUACGACGAUGUCUCCGAGGACGAAGACGACGACGAGCCGUGCACAUCCUACUGCUCAUCCGUCUCCGACCUCCCCGAGCCGACGCUCUCCGACCCUUCGCGCAGGGCAGCUUCUUCCGCGGCGAUGUCGCGCAUAACAGCCUGGAGGAAGUCUUCCGCGUUACGCGCUGACGACGCAGGUGCGCCCGAUCACUUCUACCCCAUACCAUCGCUGACCCGAACACCAGAGACGUCGUCAGCUGCCAGUGGCAAGCGUAAACUUGUACACAAUGGCGAGGGCAAUGAGGACUCGGUGGGUGCCACCCCUCCCUUCCACUCCUCUUUGUCUCAUCCGCUCCUCCAGACGUCGCAUUGCCCCAAACGCCCGCGCGAGCGGCCAGUCCCCGCGCCUACCGAUCCAGAGGCGAGCGCGCAGGCGACGUUCGCUUGUCCUGCCUGUGACGGCACAUUCCCCUCCGUCCAAGCGUUGCAAGAGCAUGGCGAAGAAGCCCGCGCUCACGACUGCGAGCCGUGCUUGGCAGCCGUGCAGUACGCUCUCGAGUAA